AUGGGGCUGACGGAGAACGGCCCGUCGGUGGCGGUGGUGGGAGUGACGGGCGCGGUGGGCCAGGAGUUUCUUCAGGUGCUCGCGCAGCGCGACUUCCCGUACAGCUCGCUCAAGAUGCUCGCCAGCUAUCGAUCCGCCGGAAAGAAGUUCGACUUCGAUGGUCGCACGUACACGGUGGAGGAGCUGACGGAGGAAAGCUUCAAGGGAGUCGACAUUGCUCUCUUCAGCGCUGGCGGUUCCAUCAGCAAGAAGUUUGGCCCGGCGGCAGUGGCUGAGGGCACGAUCGUGGUGGACAACAGCUCGGCGUUCCGCAUGACCGACGGCGUGCCGCUCGUCGUUCCCGAGGUGAAUCCCGACGCCAUGGCGCACAUCAAGCUGGGCGGCGGCGGCGCCAUCAUCGCGAACCCUAACUGCUCCACCAUCAUCUGCCUCGUCGCCGUCACUCCCAUCCACCGCCGCGCCAAGGUGAAGCGCAUGGUGGUCUCAACAUACCAGGCCGCCAGUGGCGCGGGCGCAGCAGCCAUGGCGGAGCUCGAGCUGCAGACCAAGGAGGUGCUUGAAGGCAAGCCACCCACCACCACCAUCUUUGGCCGCCAGUACGCGUUCAACCUGUUCUCGCACAACUCGCCCAUGACGGCCAACGGGUACAACGAGGAGGAGAUGAAGAUGGUCAAGGAGACGCGCAAGAUCUGGAGCGACCCCUCAGUGGCGGUGACAGCGACUUGCAUCCGAGUGCCGGUCAUGCGUGCCCAUGCAGAGAGCAUCAACCUCACUCUCGAGGAACCGCUGUCUGAGGUGGAGGCGAAGGAGAUUCUGAGCGGUGCAGAGGGGUUGUACCUCAUCGAUGACCGCGACACCAACACCUUCCCCACGCCACUUGAUGUGUCCAACAAGGAUGACGUGGCGGUGGGCCGCAUUCGGCAGGACAUCUCACAACCAGACAACAAGGGUGGGGUUGAGAGUGGGGAUGAGAGUGGGGAUGAGAGUGGGGUUGAGAGUGGGGAUGAGAGUGGGGAUGAGAGUGGGGAUGAGAUAGGGUGGCUGCACCUGUUGGUGUGUGUUGACGGGUUUGCAGUCUACUCAAUCAUCCCUCUAUCCCUCCACCCCUCCCCACCCCCCUCCCACACCAGGCUGGACCUGUUUGUGUGUGGCGACCAGAUCCGCAAGGGAGCAGCGCUCAACGCCGUGCAGAUUGCCGAGCUGCUGGUCAAGAAGGCCGGUGCUGCAUGA